AUGGUGUCCGAGCAAGAACAUCCCGACGACACCAAUGCAGACCUGGAGAAGCAAGAUAGUUGCAGUUCGAAUGGGAAUGUUCGCUCACCCGGAGGAACACCCACACCAAGCCAUGAAAAGAAACGGCGCAGAAAUGGAGCCAAUGGAAGUGGAAGCUCGAACAAUAUCGAGCAUGGGACUGUCAAUGGCUACCCCAAAAUGGAGCUGAAUGAGUGGGAAUGCUACGACAAGCUAGGCUACAGCUUCCCCUGGUGGAAAAAAUGGGCCAUCAUUUCGGUCAUCUUCGCCGUCCAGACAUCUAUGAAUUUCAAUGCGAGUUUCUAUGCGAGCAGCAUUACUCUUUAUGCAAAGCAUUUCAGCAUCUCAGAACAAGCAGCUCGAGUUGGCCAAAUGGGAUUUCUCAUCGCUUAUGCAUUCGGCUGUGAGUUCUGGGCUCCAUUCAGUGAGGAGUUUGGCCGGUGGCCCAUCAUGCAAUUAAGCUUGUUCUUCGUCAAUGUUUGGCAAAUACCCUGCGCGCUGGCUCCAAACUUUGGUACAAUUGUCAUAUGCCGCAUUCUCGGAGGUCUAUCAUCUGCUGGUGGCUCAGUGACCCUGGGCAUGGUUGCGGAUAUGUGGGAGCCAGAAGAUCAGCAAUAUGCCGUCGCCUUUAUUGUGCUAUCGUCCGUUGCUGGCUCAGUCAUUGCACCGGUUGUCGGUGGAUUCGUGGCGACGUUCUUAGACUGGCACUGGAAUUUCUGGAUCCAGCUCAUUCUCGGUGGGUUUGUGCAAAUAUUGCACUUGUUUGUUCCGGAGACGAGAUGCAGCAUCCUUAUCACGAGAGAGGCGAGACGGAGACGCAAGAAUGGAGAAAUGGUGUGGAGUGGCGACGAGCUCAAGAAGACGCGCAUGUCUUUUCGCUGGGUAUUCAUGGUUUGGGUGCGGCCCUUUAUCAUGUUUCUGCGAGAGCCAAUCGUCCUAUGUCUAUCGCUUCUAAGUGGUUUCAGUGACUCUCUGAUCUUCACAUUCUUGCAGUCUUAUACACCGGUCUACAAGCAAUGGAAUUUCACGACGAUCACCACCGGACUCUCCUUUCUUCCACUUUUAGUAGGAUACUUCAUUGCCUAUUUCUCAUUCUUGCCAUGGAUCCAUCGGCAUUGCAGGAUCCAAGAAAGAGACCCAGAUGGGCUUCAACCGGAGGCUCGGCUGUACUGGCUGCUAUGGGUGGCGCCAUUGUUAUCGAUUGGUCUGUUUGGAUUCGCGUGGACGAGUCUUGGGCCGCCCCAUGUUCAUUGGAUUGCACCUAUGAUUUUCUCAACUCUGAUUGCUAUUGCAAAUUAUGCAAUUUAUAUGGCAACCGUCGAUUAUAUGAUUGCAGCGUAUGGCCCAUAUGCCGCUUCGGCAACAGGAGGCAAUGGCUUUGCGCGAGACUUUCUCGCUGGCAUCGCAGCUAUGUAUUCCGUUCCCAUGUAUGAGCACAUGGGCACAGUUCACAAACUAGAAUGGCCAUCUACAUUCCUCGGCUUCAUGGCCAUCCUGUUCACCAUUCCAAUCUAUAUCUUCUACUGGAAAGGUCCCCGGAUCCGAGAACUGUCGCCCUUUGCGCAGACUUUGGCUUCAGACAGGAAAGCUGCCGGUCGCAAGGUAUAA